UUGUGCUGUUGGAAUAGAGAUAUAUUCCGAAUCGUUCCGACGACGGUCAUGCUAGCUUGAAAAGUGUUCGCAAGCGUGUGUUCAGCAGAGGGAAAACGCAUUACGGAGAACGUGUCAACGUGUGGUUGUUGCUAGCGACGUGUGUGCAUGUGUAGAUAAGGAUAAGCCUCAACGCCAGCGGGUACCUGCACCUAUUGUGAAGAACGAAAUUCCUUCAAAUCCGGCACUGCACGUUAGCCGCUAACUGAGCUAAAUACGACCGAGCGUGUUUAAAUCCUAGUACUAACCAAAAUGUCGGCCCCAGAUGGUCUUGCACCGGGAGCAGCGGCGGGAGGCGAACCGGGAGCGGAUGGAAUCGUCGGAGGACCACGGACGCCUCAGCAGAUUGCGGCACAGAAGCGACUGCAGCAAACCCAGGCACAGGUGGAUGAGGUUGUGGAUAUCAUGAAGACGAACGUCGAGAAAGUGCUGGAAAGAGAUCAAAAGCUGUCAGAACUGGACGAUCGAGCCGAUGCAUUGCAGCAGGGUGCAUCGCAGUUUGAACAGCAAGCCGGCAAAUUGAAGAGGAAAUUCUGGCUACAGAAUCUAAAAAUGAUGAUAAUAAUGGGCGUUAUUGGUCUCGUCAUACUCGCAAUUAUUGUAGCGAAAUUCAUGCCUGCAGAUCAGCCGCAGCAGCCUAUGAUGAUGAUGGGCGGCCAGCCGAUGCAACAGAUACCGAUGCAGCAGAUGCCGGCCGCACCACCGGCCCAACCGGCAGCACCGGCCGCCCUGGUACAGGACGUUUCGGCACUGCUAACCGGUGGCGGUUCACAGCUGAUCAAGAACUAAGCGAUGGUGGCCAGAUGAGGGGCGCGGUACUAACACACACACACCCGUGCUGUGGAACACUAGUUGCUGUUUUUGCUGUUGUUGCUGCUGCCGGUGGAAAGAGUUGUCGGAAACACGGAGUAAAUCGUCGGACGGAGCAUGAAAGCUAGAUUACCCAUUACUCUCUAUCACAUUACUACACACCUUACAUCGUCGUCAUUCGUGGACAAACAAGAAAAAAAGGAAGGUAAAACCCAAAAACCCUUCCGGAAAGUAGAAAACUGUGGAACGAGGGCAAAACAAUGAGCAAAGGGACAACAACAACAAACGUAUUUAAUACACUGCAACACGCAUUUCAGUGAGAUACUUCCAGUAUGAAAAUGAGAUAAGAAAAACAAAACACACAAAUACUUAAAACGAAUAAUUGACAGUUACUACUAAAAGCAGUACGCGGAACAAAGUAAAGAGAGAGACAGCUAGGACAGCAGGGGAGAAGAAAUAGAAAGAGAAAAAGUAAAGAGAAACAAAAUGGAGGAGGCGAAGUAAGUAGGAAACCAGAACACACAACAGGGCACAGCAUAAAACCAAGGGUUGUGUGGCUAAGUGAAUUGUUUUAUUUUAAACACUUCGAGCUUCGAAUCCAUUGUUCUAAACGAUUCGAGUAGUUUUGCAUUGAACUUUCCCGUUGAAGAUUGGAGUUUGUUGUGUUUGUUUUAAAUGGAAAAAAAGUGGACAAAAGACAAAUUCGUACGCACACCCCCUCGUAUUUUGUUUU